AUGCCAGAUAGCCUCCCACUCUCUUCUCUCUGCCUCCCAGGUACGCACGAUACGUGUGCACACUAUGGGUGGCCAGUAUCGCAGUGUCAGGAUACCUCUACACCCUUACCAGUCCAACUCAUGUCCGGAAUACGCGUCAUCGACAUCCGCCUGUCUCUCCACGAUGGUCACCUGCUCGCAUACCACGGCGCCUACCCACAGCGUACAUCCUUCCAGGCCAUUCUUCGCACACUCCAUGAUUUCCUUACAUCUUCACACUCGUCCCGGGAGUGUGUGGUCGUCUCCAUCAAGCAAGAAGACUUCGCCUUCGUGCACCCGCAGGCCUUCUCGAAGAGUGUUAGACAGGAAUUAGAGGCUUCGGCUGGUGGGAUGGGAAUGUGGUACUUGGAUAAUCGGAUCCCGACGCUAGGUGAAGUUCGUGGGAAAUGUGUGAUGUUCAGUCGGUUCGGUGGGGACGGUGCCGAGUGGGAUGGGGGGCUGGAAGGUCUGGGAAUUCACCCUACGACUUGGCCGGACAGUGCGAAGGAAGGAUUCACGUACGAUAUCAAGAACACAUUGGUUAGGACGCAUGACUGGUACUCGAUCCCGUCGUUCCUGUCCAUUCCGGAGAAGGUAGAGCUUGCAACGGGGAUCCUGCUCCCACCUGUCGAGGAGCCUCCCAUGCCCAUCUUGUCUAUAUCCUAUUUGUCGGCUGCGUCAUUUCCGUUCGCGGCGCCACCCAUCGUUGCCAAAGGAUUAGGGUUCCCCAGCGUCGGGUUUGGUUUCGAGGGAGUGAAUGCAAGGGUCGGCCGAUGGUUACUGGACAAGCUCGACAAUGGCUCUCAGGAUCGGGACAGCGAGAAAGGCGCUGACGAUGGUCCGAGGAUCAGAGGCUGGAUAUUCAUGGACUUUUACUCGGAGCCUCUUGACGGAGCCGUUGUCCCACUGUUGGUCGAGUGUAACUUCAGAGGGCGUGGAGGCGAGACGGGCUGGGUAAUGUGUUAG